AUUUUUGGAUAUACCCAAUCAAGAAACAUUACCAUAACAGGACAGUGUGUCCUUAUUUCUCUAUCCAUCCAAUUCUUUUUCAACUCCCAGGUGCGCGGGGAUUAGGGUUUUGCCCAACCGGAGAGCGCCAGUCAGGAUACUCACCACCACAACCCUAACUCUCCUUCAGCUUUGUCUUCCCCACUCCGAUUUGCUCCUUCAGGAGCAUAUUCAAUUAAAUUGAACCAAAGGACCGGAGAAUCCUUGUUUUACGGAGCCGAAAUUUCUGUGUGGAUCUCUCGUUCCAAUCCGGUAAACUUGUUUUACUUUGAGUGCCCCAUUGCAUCAAAGGUGGAUUUUUUUGGGAGAAGAGAAAAGGAAAUCUCAUAAUAAAACCCUUAGGCUACAGGCUCUUUCUUGAUCUGAAAGAAUUGUCUUUUCAUUUACUUGAUGCAAAUAGAUGGAUGCAGAUAACAAGAAAUUUGGGAGAGGUCCACGUGAGCUUUCAGGUUCUGUGGACCUUAUACGUCAUUUCAAGUUGCAGCGUCAUCAUGAAUUCUUCUGCAAGAAUUCACUUCCAUUGUCAGUAUCAGAUACAUAUUAUCUGCAUGAUGUAGUGGGAGAUGCAGAAAUUAGGAAAGGGGAUGGAAUGCAAUUGGAUCAACUUAUUGAGGAUACUUCUUCAAGAGAGACAAAUGCUCGGAUUCAACCAUUUAAUCUAGAUGUUCUGGUAGAGGCCUUUCAACUGAGGGAAACAGCUCCAAUUGAUCUCCCCCCGUCUGAGAAGGGCAUUCCAACUAUAGCGGCAAAAUCUAAGAGUGAGUCUAAAGAGAAGGAUAAAAAGCAUAAAAAACACAAGGACAAGGACAAGGACAAGGACAAGGAGAAAGAUAAAGAGCAUAAGAAGCACAAGCAUCGCCACAAAGAUCGGAGUAAAGAUAAGGACAAAGAUAAAAAGAAAGACAAAAGUGGGCAUCAUGAGUCUGGUGCUGAGCAUUCAAAGAAACAUCAUGAGAAGAAAAGGAAGCAUGAAGGAGACGAAGACCUCAAUGAUGUUCAGAAACACAAAAAAAGCAAGCACAAGAGCUCAAAGAUUGAUGAAAUGGGUGCAAUAAAGAAAUUUCAAGAUAAUAUUACACUCUCAGUCUUAACUAAACAUACAAGAAUAGUUUGUGAGCUAACUAAAGAUCGCCAAGACGGUGAAUUCAACCGUUGAAGUAGAUUUAGUUCAAGGUACAAACUACUGAAAAGAACAUUGUGUCAUAACAAGUGCUCCCAUUCAAAACAUAAUCCCAUCUUAUGGUUCUAAUGGCAUAUUGGAUAUCACAGCCUUUUACUGUUGUAUAUGUUUUUGCCCUUUUCAAGUCUUACUAAUAGGUCUAACAAGUUUGCAGCUUUGCAUAGUAAAAAGAGGAUGCUGAGUUGAGUGUUUCUAUUCAUCAUUUGUCUUUCCUUUGAGCUUGAAGCUGGCUUCUGAUCUUCAAAUGUUAGGUGGGAUUCAUAUAGAGGUUUUGUCGCUACUGAUAUCAUUAUAGGACCUUCUAACGUUGGGAAUAGGAAUUCUUUUUGUAUAUACUAGGAAGAAAUGAAAAUCAAUUUAUUCUUUCUGAUAUUGAGUAGGGAGAAUGGCAUCAGUUUGACAUCUGUUUCCAAUCAUAAUAGUUCAUAUCUGAAUGUGUAAAUCUCUGUAAAAUUUUGGUACUUGAGUCCCGUUGCCUCUAAUUGAGAUGCAUGCUCCUAGUAUGACUUAAACCUAGGUUGUUCUUGUCAUGUUAUAGAAGUACUGGUUGUUGCUGUAUG